CGGCGGCGAUGGCCAUGGAGGAGGGCUCGGCCUGCAGCCUGCGCCGCCUGCCCUGGGGGGCCGUUCUGCGGAACGCCGUGCUCAUCUUGGUCUGCUCGCUGAUCUUGUACCUGGGGCAGCCACGGCGGCUCGAGUCACCCUCGUGGGACAUAGCUGAGCUCCAGCUGAACCACACAGGUGACGCGGGUGACACGGAGCAAAGUGGGGCGUGCACGCGGGAGAAAGAAAAUGACAAAGUUCUGGGGACCGAGUUCGUUCCUCGUUUUUCCCUCCACACUUCCUGUCCGGGCUAUCGACCACGGCAGGACCCUAGGCUGUACUGGCAGGGGGGCCCGGCACUGGGUCGCUCCUUCCUGUAUGGACCACAGCUGGACAACGGGCAGCUGCGUGUCCAGCGUGACGGCAUCUACAAGCUGCACAUCCAAGUGACACUAAGCAACUGCUCCUCCUUCAUGAAGAGCAUCGUGUCCCACAGGGCCACCCUGACUGUGGGCAUCUGCUCCCCCAGCAGCCACAGCAUCAGCCUGCUGCGUCUCAACUUCCACUCAGGUUGCACCGUUGCCUCCCAGCGUCUGACGCCCUUGGCUCAUGGGGACACACUCUGCACUAACCUCACUUUGCCACUGCUGCCGUCCCAAAAUGCCGACGAGACUUUUUUUGGGAUUCAGUGGGUGCAUUCCUGA